CAUUAAUAGGUGAUUUCCCCAUAAAAAUUAUUUUUUUCUCUCUCUAAAAAUUGCUAGGGAAUUAUUCCCUGUUCAUCUUCAUUCGGAUCUCUCGGCCUUUGUAUUUUCACCAUUCUUUAAUUUGGAGUUGCAAGUAAUUCCGCGGAAUUUGUAGCUGGUGAUUAUCAAAGGUGGAAUCUUGCUAAAGCUUGAAACAUUUUCAUGUUAAAAAGGCAGCUCAUUGAACAUGGGACACCGAAAUACUCAGUUCACUGGUCAUAUAACUGAUAUGGAAACCGAUCAACAAGGUCAUGAUCCUGAACCUUGCAUCUUUUAUGGGAGUAUAGCGAACUUUCCUCAUCAUAGCUUUCACUCAAUGGUCCCCGCACCAGGAAACCCUGGUAAUUUCAACUUCCCCCAUAUUCCAGAACGUCAUGACAGUACCUUGUUCUAUGGAAUGCCACAGUUAAACGGUCCCCAGCGUCAGCAUCCAGCCCCGAAUCUCGAUUUAGCUAUCGCUGCGCCAUCCGGCCAUUAUCAUCCGUAUAUGGCUCCCCCAUCUGGUAUUAGAGAUUUCCCUGUCCAAGUCAAUCAUGGGACGCACGAUCAGUUGUCACUUUCGCAGGUCGUUGGUAUACCUACAGACACCUACAGCAGUAGCAUACCGUACGUGGACAGCAUGAGAGCGUCAUUUAAGAGGAAAAAUGCGGAGGGGGCUUCCGGUAGUUACCAUUAUCACAAUGCUUCUGCAGGUCCUAGUUCUUCGGUUGCAGCUGGGGCUCCUAUGGUUGUGGAAUCUGAUAUUACCUUAAUAGACCCAACUUCUUUCCUUGUGCCUAAUUAUGGCAGUAAUGACCCGACGUUAGCUGUUGAAAGUGGCUCUCAAAGAAGUGCGAGGAACAGGUUCCGCAUGGUUGGCCACGAGUCUGUUGUGGCACAUAAUGGUGGCCAUUUGAUUCAAGGCAAUUUCGCUGCUCCGGCCGGAAAUCCUUGGUUGGACAUACAUUAUGGCGCAAACAACGGUGAUGUUGGCACUUUUACAUGGGCUCAUGCUCCUUUACACUACACGCAUGCAUGGCCUCAAGGUGUUCAAGUCCCACCGCCAUCUAUGCAAGGCAUCCGAGGAUACAAUGUUAACCUCCCAUCACAAGUGGCUGCGUCUGCCCAUCAAAUCUCGAUGAUUAGCGCUCCAAAUACAGGAAUCACUCAUUUCCAGGAUGCCAGGUCAUUUUUCGUGGCGCCCGUCCCACCACGGAGGGAAAUCAUGCUUGACGCAAGCGCACGACACCAAGCUCUUCCUCACAUGAGAGUUCUUCCCGAGGAUGAAGUCGCCAUGCUAGGUAUCCACGAAGCAAGUGAUGCGCUUGCUCAUAUGCGUUUGGACAUAGAUCACAUGUCGUAUGAGGAGCUUCUUGCGUUGGGAGAGCAGAUCGGCAGUGUGGGCACCGGAGUGUCUGUGGAGUUCCUCGGAAAUCAUUUGAAGCUAAGAAAAUUUUCUUCCGGCAUCAACCUUGAAGAAGCAGCAUGCCAGGAUCAACAAAUUAAUUUGUGUGUCAUAUGCCAGACGGAAUACGAGGAUGGGGAGGAAAUCGGAGGUGUGGACUGUGGACAUGAAUACCACAGAGAGUGCAUAAAAAAGUGGCUGCUCACGAAGAACACUUGUCCCGUCUGCAAAUCAACGGCCUUGAACCCGGAACGCUUACCCUAAUAACACAGAUUAUUUCAUAAGAAACAAAAACCGUUUCUCUUCGUGUAUCAUAUUUAUGUAUAUACCUCAUUCGCCAUCUUAAACUGUACAGACUCUUUGAUUUGUUUGUUCUCUUGUAAAAAUUGGAUGAACGCCUGCGCCAUCACCCUCUUUCGAACUCUCGAAUUGACCAUAAUGUGUUGGCUGUA